AUGACCGCGAGGCUGGGACGAGUCUUUGUUGGUUUGUUUAGAACCAGUUAUGCUGUCACAACACACUACACGGUGAAACCCCGUGAAAAAGACCCUAGAUGGGAGGGAGUGGAGAUGGAAAGAUAUGCAGACGAGGCAGAUGUUGUAAUAGUUGGUGGAGGUCCAGCAGGAAUGUCCGCCGCCAUCCGCCUUAAACAGCUUGCUAAUCAGGCCGGGAAGGAAGAAUUUCGAGUUUGUGUUAUUGAAAAAUCCGCUACAGUUGGAGGUCAUAUAUUAUCAGGAGCCUGCCUGGAUCCUAAAGCUUUGAAUGAAUUGAUCCCUGAUUGGGCGGAGAAGAAAGCUCCUCUAAACACUCCAGUAACUGAAGACAAGUUUGCUAUUCUCACAAGCAAGGCCCGUAUCCCUGUGCCUAUCCUGCCUGGAUUUCCUAUGCACAAUCAUGGAAACUAUAUUGUCAGGAUGGGACAUUUUGUACAGUGGCUCGGAGAGCAGGCUGAGAGCUUGGGAGUUGAAAUAUAUCCUGGGUUUGCUGCCUCUGAGGUUCUCUACAACAAGGACGGUUCUGUAGCGGGAGUUGCCACCAACGACGUUGGAAUAGCCAAGGACGGAAGCCCGAAGGAGAGUUUUGAGCGCGGCAUGGAGUUCCGCGCCAAGUGUACAGUAUUCUCCGAGGGAUGUCGAGGACAUCUUAGCAAGGGGGUCAUGAAGAAGUUCGAUUUAAACAAAGAUAACCAGGAUCAGAUCUACGGAAUUGGAAUUAAAGAGCUUUGGCAGGUUGACCCUUCUAAACACAGGCCUGGUCGUAUAGAACACACAGUUGGAUGGCCGCUACCUGAUAUAAAAACAUACGGCGGGUCAUUCCUCUACCAUCUUCAAGAGGAUAACUUGGUCGCUGUUGGUUUUGUUAUUGGACUAGAUUAUUCUAAUCCAUAUUUACAUCCUUUUAAAACCUUCCAACAAUACAAAACUCAUCCUUCCAUAGCGCCAAUAUUCGAGGGUGGAACCAGAAUAGGAUACGGAGCAAGGGCCCUGAAUGAAGGUGGUGUACAAUCUAUACCUAAGCUGACCUUCCCGGGAGGUUGCCUAGUGGGCUGCGCUCCAGGGUUUAUGAACGUGCCUAAGAUUAAAGGAACCCACUACGCUAUGAAGAGUGCUAUGCUGGCUGCGGAGGCUAUUUGGGACAAAAUAGAAGCCGGAGACUCAAGCACUCUAGGUAUUGAACCUGCUGUAUAUGACUCAACUCUCCGCUCCUCCUGGAUAUAUGAUGAUCUACACUCAGUCAGAAAUGUAAAGCCUGCUUUCCAUAAAUUCGGUCUGUAUGGAGGACUCAUGUAUACUGGACUUUUCUAUAUUGUCGGACGCGGCAAAGAACCCUGGACUUUCAAACACGAGGGAUCUGAUCAUGCAAGCUUGAAACCUGCAGCAGAAUGUAAAGAACUUGAAUAUCCUAAACCUGAUAAUAAGCUUACCUUCGACCUUCUCUCCUCUGUCGCUCUUACAGGAACCAACCAUGAGGGUGACCAACCUGCUCACCUGACAUUGAUGGAUGAUACUGUGCCAGAAGCUCUCAACUUUGCUAAAUAUGCUGGACCUGAGGGCAGGUUUUGUCCCGCUGGAGUUUACGAGUACCAACCUAAUGACAAAGGAGAUAUGCAUUUGAUUAUAAACGCUCAGAAUUGUAUUCACUGCAAGACCUGCGACAUCAAGGAUCCAAGCCAGAAUAUCAACUGGGUUUGCCCUGAAGGGGGCGGUGGACCUGCAUAUGAUGGCAUGUAAAAGACGAGACUGAUCCCCACAAUAAGUUUCGACGCAAAUACGCUGCAAAAUGUCAACAAAUGCGUCGUUGUAAUCUUUAUUUAUUAGUUAACAUUUAAUAUUUAUACCUAAUUUUUAGAAAAUAUAUAAAAAAAAUUAAA